UCUCAGUUACACUUGGUCUGGUGCAGACUUGAGGAGCCCCGGUGAGGACAUGAUGCUGGUGGUGAUUCUGUUGGAGCUUCUGUGCUGAUUUUUCUUUUUCCUCUUUUAAAAAAAAAAACUGGACUCAGAACAAUGUUGAUGCACCAAUCCCUCUUCCCUCUGUGCAGUGUUGAUCUACCUGCCUCCUGCCUGGAACCAGCCCGUUUUGGGGGGAUCUAAGCGUCAGACAGAGUGCUCUGCGCUGGCUGUGCGCUCUGCAGGUUCCGGUGGAUCUUCCUCAUCUUCCUUCGUUUGGUAUCUCUCCUCUAAAGGAUGCUCAGCUCCUUCCACGAUCAGGAAUACUACAACAACAACUACCAAUACUCUCACUGCUGCUGUCCACUUCUCUGCUCCAGCCAGAUCGCAGUCUGAGGCGCCCCCGAGUCCCCCUAUAAAUGGGAAGAAGAGGCAUGUCAGUGCCCGUGUUGCACAUGGAAAUAAUCUGUCCGCUGCUGGUUCUGCUGGACUCCAGCCUCUAAAGCCGAAUUGAGAUUAUCCAUACAUCACCGAAAAGGCUCGGAAGAAAUUGGUUGAUCCUGAGAGUUCCUCUCUUGACAAGCCAAAGAUUCCUGCCUCACUGUAUAUAUAUCGAGGAGCACCAGCUGCUCAACCAGCUCCAUGGUUUUCUGACUUGUCCAAGACUGCGUUUUUGGCGUCUGACUGAGAGGUGAUUAGAGAAAUCCCCCGGACCCUGUCAGAAACCCCGCAUCAGCACACUCAUACACUGAGAUGACCCAGGAACAGUGCACUCAUAGGAACAAUGUCCAGAGUUCAGAGAAACCACAGGUGUACAAAGUGGGGAUAUACGGCUGGAGGAAACGCUGCCUUUACUUCUUCGUCCUGCUGCUGAUGAUCCUGAUCCUGAUCAACUUGGCACUCACCAUCUGGAUCCUCAAGGUCAUGAACUUCACCAUAGACGGCAUGGGCAACCUGAGAAUAACAGAGAAGGGCCUGAAACUGGAAGGGGACUCGGAGUUCCUCCAACCCCUCUAUGCCAAAGAAAUCCACUCCAAACCAGGCCGGCCGCUGUUCCUGCAGUCAUCCAGAAACGUGUCGGUCAAUAUCGUCAACAGCAACAACCAGCUGCUCACACAACUUGUAACAGGAUCCAGUGGAUUUAAAGCACGAGGCAAGAUGUUUGAAGUCAAAUCCACCUCCGGGAAGCUCCUCUUCUCCGCCGACGAGCAGGAGGUGGUAGUGGGCGCCGAGAGGCUCCGAGUGAUGGGAGCUGAAGGAGCCGUGUUCAGCAAGUCAGUGGAGACGCCUCACGUCAGGGCCGAGCCUUUCAAGGAGCUAAGGCUGGAGUCUCCCACUCGCUCCCUGCUGAUGGAGGCUCCUAAAGGGAUCCAGAUCCUGGCGGAGGCCGGAGACAUCCAGGCCAUCUGCAGGAACGAACUGCGACUGGAGUCCAAAGAUGGAGAGAUCUCUCUGGAUGCUCGGAGGAUCCGCCUGAUGCGGCUGCCCGAGGGGAAGGCCUCCACCAGCUCCUCGUCCUCUGGGAACCGGCAGACGGUCUACGAGGUUUGCGUUUGCCCCAACGGGAGGCUUUUCCUGUCCCAGGCCGGCACCGGAUCCACCUGCCAGAUCAACAACAGUGUCUGCCUCUAGGACUGAUACAUGCAAACACGAAUAAACACACAGGUAUCCUGAAAGAAAGACGGGCAGAACACAAACAGAUGUCCCCAUGUUGCCUGGCUCCAGGACUGAUAAACAGCAAACACAGACACUGCGUACAGAGACUGCCAGAGCUGAUCGAAAUCCAAACAAUCUCAGAGACUGUAACUAUCCAGACACACUGGUGUGUACAAUCUGCAGUCACAAACACUCAGACUGGUGUUUAGUCUCAACUGGUAUGUUUUAACAGGCCAAUACUGAAAAUUUUGAAUUGUAGCUGCUGACAAUGGAUCUUCUGUGCCAAUAUUUCAAUGCUAAAAGAUAUUUUCUCCCUUGAUUUUAUACAUUUGAGAGUGGAAAAGUCUUUGAAAUCAGCAUUUAGAGCCUCCCUGGGACACUGAUACUCUCCUCUGAUUGUCAUACACAUCUCUCUAAGCUCUUUAUACACACAGUGCAGCAGUUGUUAGGCUUUUGAACUUAAUUACAUGAAUAAAAGAAAGAAAUAAUAAAUGUGUUUCAUC